AUGUUCUUUUCUCGGGCGGCCUCUUUCAUUGAGGUCAACGACCUGUGCCUUCCUUUUCGGCUUUAUGUGGAGCUUCACAAGGUCGAAAGAUGCCCAGAAAGCAGCAGCAGCAGCCGCCUCUUCCUUAUCUUGCAUAAGGGCGCAUGCUCGAAACCUGAUAAAAUCGCCGCCUAUGAGUCAGCGCUGCGGGGCCUCUGGGGACGCCGCGUCCCUCCGGCAGGAGACACCGGCGUCUCCACCGCCCGUGGAAGGGAAGGGCCGCUGCAGGGGCUGCAUCUACAGCCCCUUCCAGGGCGAUGA